AUGAAGUUUGAGGUGGCCGAUGGAAUAACAUUGUCCAAUGAAUACCUUACACAACGAUGCUACUUCAUUGCCUCUCAACUAUUCCUCGAGAACCACUUCAUCCAGAUGGGUGUGGCCAAUGCCUCGUCGGAAAACCCAUGCUUCACUCGCUUCAAGUCUGUGGACCUAUCGCAAGUCGUGCACAUCUACGAGGAGACGCCAUUCUGGACCCGAAAAGACAUGGAGCGACGCCUUGAAGAGGUGUUGCACACUGAGAUGCCCCUGGACGAGAUCUCGCCAUUGAUGAGAAUCACCUGUUUCUGGCAUCACUCUCGUCUCAACGAGUUCCUGAUGAUCCUAAACUUCAACCAUGUUCUUUCCGAUGGUAAUGGCGCGAGACUGAUCGUCGAGACACUCCUGCGCUCGAUCCACAACGAAAAGUUCUCUACGGGUCACCUCGAGUCCAGCAUCCUACACUUUGACUACCUAGAGGGUGGCUACCAUUGUAACGACACAAUUGAACGUAUGAACCCGACGUCUCUGAGCUUGAUGGAGAAGCUGCCCAUCAUUGCGCAUCUAAACUACAUGCCCGCGUCCAUCAAGAGACACCGCAACAGAUUCUGGGCGGGCACCAAGCGACAAGAGUGGGAGGCUUGCAACUGUCGAAUCCGUGUCAUGUCCGUGCCAACUGGUGACAUGAUGUCGUUCAUCGGGACGUGCAUGCAGAACAAGGUGACGCCACACGCCGGCCUAUACACGGUGAUCAUCCAAUCCAUCUCUGAUGUGUUUAGUAAUGGCCAGCCACUCACCCUGCGUUCUUCGACCAUGGUCAAUGUGCGUCGAGCAUGCAAGGUACCCGACGAAGAGACUGGCAUCUUUGUGACGCCCGUGACCAGGGACACGGUGGUCAAGCCCCACGCUUUGGAGGACACCAAGAACUUCUGGGAUGAGAGUGCCAAGUACAAGAUGUACCUGAGGACUCACUACCUUGAGUCGCUCAAGCUCUCCAACAUGCUGAACUACAUCUCGGACAACUUCCCCAACCGAUUGCUCAACCUCUGGUCCAAGAACCUGGAGGUCUAUCCAAUGGGCAGGAGCUCGUCAUUCAUCCUGAACGACAUGGGCCAGAUGCACAUUGAGCAGGGCGGUGAGUGGACCUGUAAGGAGCUAUCGGUAGCACAGACGGCCAUUGUCACUGGAGGCGCAUUGCUCAUCUCCUUCAUUGGCGGUGAGUCACUCGAGCACUUCACCGGUACGAUGGGCUAUCAAAAGGGUGCCAUAACCGAAGAGGAAUCCGAUAAACUAGUAGCAGCCAUCACCAACAACAUUAGAAAGUAUGCAAUGCUUGGCACUACCAAGCUUUGA